AUGGCGGGCAAAUUUCCUAAACAUCGCUUGAGUUUUUUCGAUUUUCUCUCGCACUGCGAUCAAAUUAUCAUCUUUGCUUAAAACCUUAAGUUGUGUAAGAACAGUUUUUAGUUGAAAUUUCGCAACAAGAAGUUGUAUAUUUUGGUUAAAACGGAAUCCUACCAGGAAUAUUUGAACCAAAUAUGGCGGAAACUCCUCAAACUGGAAGCCAGCUGUCCAUGUCGGAGACUGCUUCAGAACCCGGGACAGGAAGCCCUGAAAGUUCUGUUGCUAAAACUCCAAGUGUGUCUAUGUCUCCAGAAAGCGUUCCUGCUACAACACCAGCACCACAGCCAAAAGCUCAACCGUCAAAACGUCGUGGAAAAGCUCCUGAGCUGCCGGUGUAUGAAAGAAGAAACUGGCUUAUUCAUUUGCACUUCAUCAGAAAAGAAUAUGAUCAAUGCAAGUCCCUUAUAAAGGAACAACUUGGUGAAACACAAGGAAUGUGUGAAUAUGCAUUGUAUUGCAAAGCAUUAAUUCUUCGUCAAGAGGGGCAAAUCCAAGAGUCUCUGGAUCUUUUCCAGAGGACUGUGCAGAUUAAUCCACAAAGCGCUGAUAACUUAAAACAAGUGGCAAGAUCGCUAUUUCUUCUUGCUCGUCACAAAGCAGCUCUUGAAGUAUACAAUGAAGCUGCAAAGCUCAGCACCAAAGAUUGGGAAAUUUAUCACAAUCAAGGUGUUUGCUACGUGUAUAUGAAAGACUUUGAAAAGGCUAAAGACUGUUUCAAGCACGCUUUACAAUACCACCGUCAUGAUGCCUCCUUUACUCAGCUGGGUAAAGUCUUACUCUUGGAGGGUGAUACAGAAUCUGCCAUUGACAUUUUCAAGAAAGCAAUAGAGUUCUCACCUGAAAAUCCAGACCUGAUGACAACUCUUGGACUUCUUUACCUGCAGCUGGGUCAGACCUCAAAGGCUUUUGAGCAUCUUGGAAAUGCACUGACAUAUGAUCCUAGCAAUGUUAAGGUAGGUGGUUUCCACUUUGCAUCUUACUUUAGAAAACGGUCCCUGCAAACUAUCUUUUUCUUAGCUCCUGAGCUGCCGGUGUAUGAAAGAAGAAACUGGCUUAUUCAUUUGCACUUCAUCAGAAAAGAAUAUGAUCAAUGCAAGUCCCUUAUAAAGGAACAACUUGAUGAAACACAAGGAAUGUGUGAAUAUGCAUUGUAUUGCAAAGCAUUAAUUCUUCGUCAAGAGGGGCAAAUCCAAGAGUCUCUGGAUCUUUUCCAGAGGACUGUGCAGAUUAAUCCACAAAGCGCUGAUAACUUAAAACAAGUGGCAAGAUCGCUAUUUCUUCUUGCUCGUCACAAAGCAGCUCUUGAAGUAUACAAUGAAGCUGCAAAGCUCAGCACCAAAGAUUGGGAAAUUUAUCACAAUCAAGGUGUUUGCUACGUGUAUAUGAAAGACUUUGAAAAGGCUAAAGACUGUUUCAAGCACGCUUUACAAUACCACCGUCAUGAUGCCUCCUUUACUCAGCUGGGUAAAGUCUUACUCUUGGAGGGUGAUACAGAAUCUGCCAUUGACAUUUUCAAGAAAGCAAUAGAGUUCUCACCUGAAAAUCCAGACCUGAUGACAACUCUUGGACUUCUUUACCUGCAGCUGGGUCAGACCUCAAAGGCUUUUGAGCAUCUUGGAAAUGCACUGACAUAUGAUCCUAGCAAUGUUAAGGCCAUCUUAGGAGCUGGAUCUAUGAUUCAAUCACAUGGUGAUUACGAUGUUGCACUGACCAAGUACAGAAUAGCUGCCGCGGCCACGCCUGAAUCACCUCACUUGUGGAACAACAUUGGCAUGUGCUUCUUUGGCAAAAAGAAAUAUGUGGCAGCCAUCAGCUGUCUCAAGAGAGCCACGUACAUGGCGCCAUUUGAAUGGAAAAUCCUUUACAACUUGGGAAUCAUUCACCUCACAAUGCAACAAUACGCCUCUGCGUUUCAUUUUCUUAGUGCCGCAAUCACUCUCAAACCCAAGCACGGUCACCUCUUCAUGUUGCUUGCAAUUGCUUUGACACACUUGGAGGACCAGGAGAAUGCAAGACAUGCUUACGACCAAGCCGCCAACUUGGACAACACUGAUCCAUCGAUCAACUUGAACUUUAGUGUCUUCCUGUACAACUCAGGCGAGAGAAAAGAAGCAGCUAAACAGUUUAACAUUUACGAGAGAAAGAUGGAAGCAUUCCGAUCAGAAAAAGGAAACGAGAUUGAUCAAGAGCUUGUCGAUGUAGCCAACAAGCUCGGUCCGUCGUUACAAGUCGGAGAAAGUCUAGUGUGGGAAGGAGGUAACGCUGGCCAGCAGCCAUCGCGGGCUUCACAGCCGGAUUCUCAAAGCCCUUCAGCACCAGCUUCUGUGGCAAGCAGCAGCGCCUCUUUCCAAGACGAUGGAUCUUUUGUAUAAAUAAUAAAAAAUAGCUGCUCUUGUAAGGAAUAGAUUCAUUGUAGCUAAGGAUGCGAUUUCCGAGAAAAACUGAUUCCUAAUGUACGACACUUUUUGUUUAUGUAAAUUUAAGAAAUAGAAGUCAUUUUCCGUAUUUCUAUCCAGUUUAUAUGGAAACACGAGUGAAAAUUUGCCAGAUUG